AUGAAGACAAUUGCAGCAGUUUUUGUGGUAAUCUUGCUUGUGGUAUCUCAACUGCCACUUGGGUUUACCUUCUCACCUACAUCCCCUGCAUUUUUGUGGUCAAACAUCAAAGAAGAAUCUCCUACAAGCAAAGUGAAGGAAGGUGUGAGUUAUCAAACCCUUUCUCCAAAGGACUUGGCCAAAUCUGUCAUGUCAGAAGGUGGCUGGUCAAACUUACUGUGCUCCAGUCAGAAACCUGAACAAUCCAUUGAUCUUGCAAUUGUUUUUGUUGGAAAAGAGCCUCUGGAUAUUUCUGGACGCAAACAAGAAGUCAAACCACUUUUUAACUUGCUCAGGGCUUCCUUCAUGAGCUCGACAUUUUCCUUAGCAUACCCUUACAUAUCUGCAUCUGAAGAGGAUGAGGCUGUGCAAGAUAAAUUAGUUUCUGAGUUUUCAGAAACAUGUGGAAAUGAUGCAGGAUUAAACAUUGAGAAACUCACUGACAUCAACUCAGUCCAUGAAUAUGUAGCUUCAAGUAUGGAAAAGAAACCUGAGGGGCAGACACCACUGGUUGUCUUUACCAAUGAAGGAGAUGACUCUGAAGGGGAAGUUUUGUCUAAGCUGAUGAGUUCAGUGGAGGAGACAGGAGCAAAAUACUCGGUUUUAUAUGUGUCUGACCCGGUCAAUGUCCUGCGUUACCCUUCAUAUCGCCAGGUGGACAGGUUUCUUGCUGAGUCAUCUGGAAAUGCAUCAUCAAACAAUUCCUCUACUUGUGAUGGAGUUUGCCAAAUUAAGUCAUCAUUGUUGGAGGGACUUUUUGUGGGGCUUGUUUUACUGAUAAUUUUGAUUUCGGGUCUCUGCUGUAUGGCGGGUAUCGACACCCCAACAAGAUUUGAAGCUCCUCAAGAUUAAAAUUAAAAUAUCCAACUAUUGUGGUGUUGCCACUUGUCAUUUUAUUAUUAGUUUGGUCUUUGAAUGAUUUUGAGGUUUAUUUAUUGUCAAUAAUGGUUUGGUUUGCCUUGUACUGUAUUUCUUCAAACACUUUUUUGUAAUGCCAUAAAACCAACAUAUAUGCAAAUUCACUCAAACACAACCACAC